AGUUGACCCCAGGUGGGAGGGAAGCGUCGACGAGCUGAGGUGAGGGCUGUUGAGACGCGAGGUCUCGGCCCAGAGAGGGCACUCGGGAGUUGUUAGUUCUCUUUCUGUCAAAAAACAUUUUUUUUUUCUUUUCUUAUUACUUAAGGCUUUAAGUUGGAUUUGAACGUAUCAUAUUUCGUGAGGGCCUAAAGUACUGUGAAGAGAAUCGGGAGGGCAGGGGGCAGAGGAGGAAGGCAAAAGGGAGGCGAUUUCCCCCAGAACUGGACAGAGAGCACCCAGGUAGUUUUGAAAUUCAGAUUUUUCUGGACAUGAAAUCAAACUUGCUGAGCAAGCAGCAGCCAUAAUGAGCCGUGAUGAGGCUGGCAGGGCAGACGACAUCUGUGCCCGACAUUGGAGGGGGCCGUGUGUGGUGGAGCUUUGCGGAAGUUUAUCUUACCUGGGUCAGAUUCUCCCCAGCCAUUGAGGUUUUCUGCCAGGAUCGAUGCCUGGUACAGGCCAAGAGGUGAGAGAGGUGGGGACGAGCCACCCCGCCCCCCUUGACCUCAGCUCCCCUUUCACUUUAGUGAGGAUUUGCCAAUUAAUCCCUAUGGACUUUAGUUCCCUAAACAGUUCAGAGAGAGAGAGUCUUGAACCUCAGGAUUAGCCAAUCGCCAAAAUGUGUCCGAGUACGCAGAGCACUGGACAGGCUGUGCAGUACAUCGUGUACUCAGCUGGUAGAAAUGAGGGGUGGUUCUGGCCCCUAAAGGGGUUUUUAAUCUCAGCAGGAUCAUAAUCUAAUUUCUCCUCCAUUGGACCAUCAAUCUGUUGAGGUUGGACUUGUUGAAAUAAUCCUGAUACAUUCCUACAAUGGCCACUGCUCAACUUUCUCACUGCAUCACAAUACACAAGGCAUCUAAGGAAACAGUUUUCCCAUCCCAAAUCACUAAUGAGCAUGAGUCACUGAAAAUGGUGAAGAAACUUUUUGCUACUUCCAUCUCAUGUAUAACAUACCUAAGGGGCCUGUUUCCAGAGAGCUCUUAUGGAGAACGCCAUUUGGAUGACCUCAGUUUAAAAAUCCUCCGAGAAGAUAAAAAAUGUCCUGGGUCACUGCAUAUUAUCAGAUGGAUUCAAGGUUGUUUUGAUGCUUUGGAAAAGAGAUACCUACGUAUGGCAGUACUGACACUUUACACAAAUCCCAUGGGAUCUGAGAAAGUGACUGAGAUGUACCAGUUCAAAUUCAAAUACACGAAAGAAGGAGCCACUAUGGAUUUUGACAGUCAUAGCAGCAGUACAAGCUUUGAAAGUGGAACAAACAAUGAAGAUAUUAAGAAAGCCAGCGUUCUACUGAUCCGUAAAUUGUAUAUACUGAUGCAGGACCUUGAGCCACUUCCUAAUAGUGUUGUGCUUACUAUGAAACUCCACUACUAUAAUGCAGUGACCCCACAUGAUUACCAACCCCUCGGUUUUAAAGAAGGGAUAAAUUCACACUUCCUGCUGUUUGACAAGGAGCCUAUCAACGUGCAAGUGGGAUUUGUCUCCACUGGCUUUCAUAGCAUGAAAGUAAAAGUCAUGACAGAGGCUACAAAAGUGAUUGAUUUGGAGAACAAUCUGUUUCGGGAGAACAGCACUACUGAGAUUGCCCAUCAGGGUCUAGACUGUGAUGAGGAAGAAGAAUGCAAUGACCAUAUUCAAAGAAUGAAUUUUGUGUGCAGUCAGCAAAGUUCUGAGUGCUCCAGGAAGAAGAGGAAGGUCAGUGAACCAGUGAAGGUCUUCAUCCCUAACAGAAAAUGAAAGCUAAAUACUCCUUCUACAUUUAUUUUAAAAUAAGUUUAUUUUGUAAAAACAUGCAUAAACUGUCUUAGCAGGAAAGUAAAUUCCUGUUACCAUAACCUUUUUCUAAAUUUUUUGCUCAAUUUUUUUUGUCAGUUGCUAAGUGCUAAAUUACUGGCCAGGAAGGACGUGCGUCCACUUUGCCAUAAGGAAAGAGGGUCAAUAGGGCUGCCUCUGGAUAGCAUUACUUCAAAGCUGGGUUAGAGAUGAGGCACCUUUUAUAUUAUAUUUGUGAAAGAACCACAGCUGCUAUUUUGGAAAGAAGCUGUUGUUCUCAAAGGAAAGACAUAAUUAAACUCUUCAGCUAUUUAGACUACUGUGAAAUGUUUUGACUUGUUGUAACCUGUAUACUGGAAUCCCUCUCUAGCUGUAUUAAAAAUUCCCACAGAGUUGCAUAGGAUGUGUGUGGAGGUCUGUGCUUAUCCAGGUGUGAUUUAUGUGUUAACCUCAGUCACGAGGUUGAUCAGCUAAUUGUGGGACCAAAAUGUGCCCUGCCUCAACUCUGGCCCCAGGCCUUGUUCUGUUAUCCAAUCCGCAACACGGAACAUGCUGCAAUUCAGGAGUCUGGCUCUCUUUUUAAGACCUAUAUUAAAUAUUUCCCAAGAAGCACUUCAGUUUAUCAGUCUGUAACCUGCAAAUGAUGCUAUUAGUUCCCUCCUUAUUCUGGAAGAAUUUGGAUAGACUUAAUUGAUGAUUAGUAUGAGAUGAACAAUAAAUGACUUAAAGUGUUAUUUCUAUUAUUUAUAUAACAUGAGAUUUAGUAACUUAUAAAAUGAGGUUUAGUAAUUUAAUUUAAAUUGAUAGGACCAAUAAGUUAAAUGUUAAGUGUGUGACUU